AUGACUGUUUCUAUAGAAAUACGGCCGCACGCCAGCUCACUGGACAUGUAUGGGCAACCCGACAAGUCUACCGCAUAUUCGCUUUCCGGGGACGUCGUCAUUUCAUUGUCGUCCUCAUAUUCACUCUUUGAGCGCCGUCGUGCUAUCCGACUUCUCCUAGAGUCCCUCAUCAUUGAGUUCGAGGGACAGUGUGAGCUCAUCACGGAUGAGACUGGCUAUACGCCUUUCCGUGUCUGCAGUGUGUCCAAGGAACUCGUUGUGCGCGAAGCAGUUGAACUCAGCAACGAAGGUCAUGAGGAUGCCAGUCUCCCAUCUGUCUGGAGCGUCGCCUUCAGCCUAGUCAUCCCGGGAUGGCUGCCUCCCACCUCCGCUUAUGGCGACUGCGAAAGUGGCGACGCCGGCACACGUUAUGGCUUGUAUGCCAGUGCAAAGUUCCUGGAUCUCGAUGAAGGCUCAAGUCGAUCUUUGUUCUCCCUGUGCACUGCGCCCUUCCGCUCCCGGACCCGUGUCAUUGCAGCACCGCGCUGCGAGGUGACCGUGAACAGAUUCAUAAGCACUCUCGUUGACGACCUUUCGUCACCAUCGACCUCUUCCACGAUCGAUUACACGGUGUUGCCCGAACAGCGCAAGGAUCAAUCAUCCUCUGGCUUCCCGUAUGAAGUCAUCUCAAAACUACGCGCUGCCGUCUCGGUCCCAGAACACAUCGACGUGGACGAUGAUUCCUUCUCGCUCUGCAUCAGGCUGCGCACGCAGGACCUGCCAGAGUCAGAAUGCAAACGACUACGCAUCACCGGCUUCGAAGUCGACGUUGAGCAGACGGAGCAUUACCGCAUCACGGUCCCGUCUGCCUACAAAUCCGCGUACCCAUUGCCCCCGUCCUCCCACCAACCCCCAUGCAAGCCGCUGCGUGACGCCAACCCCGUUGCGCUCAUAUACGAAGUGGGCCUGGCGGGCAUCUGCACGCCGCACUCUUCAUGCACCCGCACCUUCUCCCUCCUCCCCGCAGGAACUUCUGGCCGCUAUGUGUUCGCAGGGGAUGGAUACGCCUUCCGAGAUGACGCAAACCCUGGUCGCGACGAGUCAUGGUACGGUGUGCGGACGCAGGUGCCCUUCACCGAACCGCUCGAUGAGAAGGAAGGCAAAACAGCGCGCCGACUGCGUGCUUCAGGGCAGAGUCCACUAUUUGGCGUAGGUCACCAGCUGCAUAUCUCGCUGACGAGCACCUACGACCUCGACAACGGCGAGCGUGCGACGGAGCAUCUCAAGUUCCAGAUCCCGCUGCGCUUUGCGCACGUCGUCCCCGCGUAUCCUCCGUCCCCCUCACUAUCUUCUUUUGUCAUGUCACAAGUACCUGGCCACUCGCCGUCAUCCUCGCUCGACUUGCUGAGUUCAGUGACCAGCCCCUUGACGCCCAGCCCGGCUUAUGCACAGUCGCUGCCUGCAUAUUCGCAGCUGUACGAUUCCAACGGCGAAAGGAAGAUCGACUACUCCGUACCACUGCCGCUCUACACACCAACCGCGCCUUGCCGGAUCCCUCCGCCAUCAUCAUUGGCCAGCCUUUCGACUACAGUAAAUGCAUGAUAUUGGCCUCGCAACAUGAGGAGUAUGACCCGAGACUGCCGUGCAGCCUUGGUCACCUAAUGGUUCGGCCGUUCCUCGUCGUUUAUGCACUGUAUCAUAAAUUCAACGCUCGCUUUCACUUACUGCUCUGCGACUCAUAAGAGUCAGGGUUCGUCCUUCGUUCGCUCACUUACUGUUCGAUUAUCAGGUAUCCGGUCAUGUCUGCCUUUGCUGCGCUUGCGUCGCAUACAAUACCUUUGUGUAUUAUCCCUCACCAUCAUUGUAU